AUGGCUCUCACGAAGCUAAGUGUCAAGAUGCUUCUGCAGAUGAAGCUAGCUGGGAAGGAGCAAGAAUUGACAGAGAAAAACAAUGGCUUUCUCCAAAACAUCGAUGUGGCUGAAGGUGCAAUGCAGAAUUUGCUAAGGGAAUUUACCAAAAUGGACCGCAUCUUGGACAGAUCAGAUGAUGAGGACAUUUUCUCUGAAAACUCUCAAACUGACUUCCUUCAUGAUUUGGAGACUAAAAAAUGGGAUAUGUUGGAGCUGGAGGCUGGGCAUGACCGGGACCUGCAGAGUGAACAAGCUGAGCAAGAAAGAGAUCACGUUCAACAGGAAGAUCCCCAGGCAUCCACAUCUUUGCAGUUUUCAAAGGAGAACAUCCCUGAAUAUUAUCUAAUGUUCUUAACACAGAUGUUUUUCUUUCCUUCUAAGAAAUGUGCACUGAGGAUUUUCAUCAUGUAUGUCCUCACCUUCACUGGACUUUCAUGUUACAUACUAUUUUUUGAUGCUACGUUUAUUUUUGAAAAGGUGCUCCCUACAAUGCUUGGGUGCCGCAGAAUGUGGGAACUGCGGGAGAUUAUUGCCCCUUUCUUGAAUUUGGAAGUGGAAGACUUGUUACCCUCCUAAAGAUACUGUUACCCUACUGACUUUCUUCCUAAUAAAAU